AUGGCCCGUACGCAGAAGAAUAAAGCCACUGCGUACCAUUUGGGCCAGUUGCGUGCCAAGUUGGCCAAGCUGAAGCGUGAGCUCAUCGCGCCGAGCAGCGGCGGUGGCGGUGGUGGUGGCAUGGGUUUCGAUGUCGCACGUACCGGUAUUGCUAGUGUGGGAUUUGUAGGAUUCCCAUCCGUCGGAAAAUCGACCCUCAUGUCGGGUCUGACGGGCACGACAUCUGAGGCUGCAGCUUAUGAGUUCACGACGCUUACUACCGUCCCAGGCACUAUGACAGUGCGAGGCGCGAGGAUCCAGAUCCUCGACUUGCCAGGUAUUAUUGAGGGUGCGAAAGAUGGAAAGGGUCGUGGUCGUCAGGUCAUUGCUGUGGCACGAACAUGCAACCUCAUUUUUAUCGUCCUGGAUGUCGGCAAGCCCCUGCGUGACAAGCAGAUCCUCGAGUCUGAGCUGGAAGGAUUCGGCAUCCGACUCAACAAAAAGCCACCAAAUGUGAUUGUGAAGAAGAAGGACAAGGGUGGUCUUGCGAUCACGAACACGGUCCCGCUCACGAAGCUCGAUCAUGAUGAAAUCCGUGCGGUCAUGUCUGAGUAUCGCAUUGCGAAUGCCGACGUGGCGUUCCGUGAAGAUGUAUCAGUAGAAGAGCUCAUUGACGUCAUUGAGGGCAACCGAAUCUACAUUCCGUGCAUUUACGUACUGAACAAGAUUGACUCCAUCUCCAUUGAGGAACUCGACUUGCUGUACAAGAUCCCCAACUCGGUCCCUAUUUCCUCGCGCAUGUGGCUCAAUGUCGAUGAGCUUGUCGACAGGAUGUGGGAUGAGCUGAAUCUCGUACGUGUAUACACGAAGCCGCGCAAGUCGCCUCCGGACUAUACAUCGCCAGUUGUCUUGCGCCGAGGAAGAUGCACUGUCGAAGACUUUUGCAAUGCCAUUCACCGUGAAAUCUUUAGGCAGUUCAAGUGUGCUGUUGUUUGGGGCACCUCUGCGAAGCACCCGCGUGGUCAGCGCGUCGGUGGCGACCAUGUGUUGGAAGAUGAGGACUGUGUGACGAUUUUCAAGCGCUAA